ACAGCUAGCUGGCCUUUGCUUGGUCGAGCAAAUAAACAACGUUUUGGAAUAUCGAGUGUUCAAACUCAAAGCCUCAAAAUAAUAGUCGGGGCUAGCUGCAGGGAUGGCGGAGCCUGAGGAAGGUGAAGCACCCCACAGGCGCAAAGACCCGAGUGGCUGGGAUGGCGUUGCUGAGCGCCUCUUGGAUCACAACUACCUGCUGUCAGCGCUAGAAUUGUAUACUGAAAGCCUUGAAGCAGGUCGUGAAAUUCCCAGAUUGAGAGAUUUCUUUUCAAAUCCUGGCAAUUUCGUACCAACACAACCUCAGCAACUGAGUGGCUUGGUACGCUCUGCGAGUUGCUCCACGUUUGAUUCGCUGGACGUGUCUCGCUACUCUGACGAUGGCAAUGAGCCAGGCGAUGACCGUCUGGCCGUGCUCGAGUUUGAGCUUCGCAAAGCCAAGGAGACGAUAGCGUCGCUGCGCGGCAGUCUGACGCAUGCCGCCGCCGGUCGUGUUCGCCGAAAGUCUGCCGCCUUCUUGUUCUCAGAAACUGAGCAAGUGCCGAGAGACACGAAUGUCCAAGCAGUUGUGGAAACGGCCAAACCACACGAAGUGCGCGCCCUCAACUUCUUAACCAACCAGUUCCUGCUGAAAACUGGCAUGCGUCUGACUUCCAUCACCUUCUCUGAUGAAGUAGAGGCUCAGGACCUGGAGAGCUGGGACAAUGUCGGUCUGGACACGCCCCAGCCGCCAGAGCUGCUGCAGCUCUACCGCAACUACAGUUCCCACGUCGCCUCCAACUUCACCGUGCUUCAGGAGAACGAACGCCUGGCUAGCGAACUGACCGCGCUUGAAGCCGAGCUCAUAGCGCUGCGACGGGAGAACGAGAAGUCGCAAGCGAGGAUUCGAGAUCUCGAGAAGCGCCGUGCCAACACGUCGACAGCGGGCACGAACUCCACGCCGCCGCCGUCGAUCACCGUCAUUGCCAGCAGUGAGAGUCGCCACACCGUGGCCGAGCCCAUCAUCGAGGUGCCGAGCAACACUAGCAUCGGCGGCCAGUCCACCACCACACUGGAGGAGUCGCACACGUCCCACACACAGGUUGACUUCACCACCACGUCGAACAGCACCGACCAGGAAGACACGACGACGACAACGACGCAGGAAGGUGACAACGAGCAACAGGAACCGCAGCACGCGGACAACGCCAGAUCGGGCUCGUUGGGCGAGAUCACUGCCGAGGCGGUCGUCACCGAGGCAAUGUCAACAGCGGACACUGGACGCGUGACUGCCGAAUCGCCGAGUGCUGGUGACCCAAUGGCGCGCCAGAUCUCCCUGCGCAACAGCCGCUCCAUGUCGACCGCUUUCCGCCAAGCUCUCCUGGCGUCGUCUCAGACGAACAACGACAGCCGCCUUGCCAAGGAGGUGACAAAGCUAAUGAGCGGUGGUCAGGACUGCGUUGUCGUUCUCGGCCGUGCUCUGCCACACAUCGUACCUAACGUUCUACUCAACAAGAGAGAUGAGCUGAUUCCGCUGCUGCUGUGUGCGGCUACGCUGCAUCCGGAAGAGAGGGAUCGCGACCAGCUGCUAAACUUCCUCUUCAACCUGAUCAAGAAGCCGAACGCAGAGCAGAGGCAAAUGAUCAUCACAGGUUGUGUGGCAUUUGCCAAGCACAAUGGCCCUAUUCGGUUGGAGGCUGAGCUACUACCGCAGUGUUGGGAGCAGAUAUCACAUAAGUAUGUCGAGAGACGGCUACUUGUUGCAGAGUCCUGUGGAGCGCUUGCACCAUAUCUCCCGGCUGGGCUGCGGAGUAGCUUGUUGCUGAGUAUGCUGAAGCAGAUGCUGGUGGAGGAUAAGUCUGACGAGGUACGGGCUGCGGUCACGCGCACACUCGGCCUCCUAGUGGCGUUCAUCGACGAUGCAGAUAAAUACAACCAGUGCUACGACCUGAUGGUCAGCUCGCUGUCGGAUGCAGACAAGCUGGUGGUCGAUGCCGCCCGUCGUGUCUUCCUUCCAGCACUGGCUGCAUGGGCGUAUGAGCUGCAGAUCCUGGAAACCAAGCUGCUGUCAUGCCUGCUCGUGCACAUCAAUACACACUUGACGAAAGUCUCCAACAGCUUGAGUGGACAGGAAGACUUUGAGAAGGUGUUGCGUCAAGAAGAGAUUCUGGUUAUGUGGGUGAAUGCAUUUGAAGCAUUGCUGACGUGGCAGAUUGCUUCUUUGCUGCAGAGUGGUCCGUAUGCCCAGGAGCCGUGUCCGCCUCUUGAGGAUGCAACUGAGCUCCAGCUCCAGCCUCAGCCAUCCUCAGAACCUCUGCUGGAUCUGGCCGUCAUUGUUGGCAGCAGUGAAGAUGUGGUACGGCUGCGCGCCUUGUUCGAGAGCUACACGGCAGAGGAAUCCUGGACGCAGUGGAAGGAAGUGAAGUGGCUGAUGACGGAUUUCCUUCCAAAGCUGACUGACUUCUUGAUCCAGCUAAGUGUGGGUCUUGGCAAGGCAGUAUCGGCGUUCAUUCAGCUGCUUCAAGGACUGUGCCAACUCCUGGGCCGCUCGUUUGUCAACAGCAAGAUCAGGCCGUUCUUUGACACAAUUCUAAGUCCUGAGAAUCAAGCAGAUCGGCCAUCGUCUGCACGCAUUGCAGCGCUGUCCUCUGCGCUUCUGCCGUGCUUUGUCUGCGGUGUGCUGAACUGCUUCCCAGAGGAUCAGGCGGUGAUGACAUCUACGCUGCACAAGCUGAUGUGCUACAUGGCGCUCAACGUGCUGCCGCUGGAGUCUGUGCAGAUUACGUUCCUUAUGCUCAGUGAGGACAAGAAUCUGCACAUGGCACUAGUUGAGGUGUUGUGGGAAUCACUGCGUAGUAGCACCAUACAGAUCCGCUGCGCUACAGCCAGCCUGGUGGAGUUGCUUAUCAAGGACAUGGACGAGACAUUGGUGGCGACGCGGUUUGUGCCGGCACUUGUAACCCUGGCUUCGGACGAUGACAUGGCUGUGAGGGUGGCGUCUGUGGGAGGUUUUGGCAGUCUGAUGGAGUGUGCCAAGCAGAAGUCGCUGCUGGAGAAGGCCCAAGUCCAGCUGACGUCGUUCCUCGAUGAGCCAACCUACGAGGAAGAGCAUGCUAUGCACGUAGAGAUCAUCAAAACCCUUGGACGCGUCGGUCCUAACUCCGAUCCCAUGUUCCGUGACCAAUUCGUACUGCCAAGACUACACAGCCUGGCAGCGAAGAACAACACGUCGACGAACCGCACCAAGCGUCGUGAUAUCGCCAUGGAGCUGCACGAGGCAUUCCGAACUCUGGCCUGCUGCUUCAUUCCCGCUGAUCAGAUAGGCGAGCAUCUGCUACCGGCGUUGCGCUGUCUGCUUAGCGACAUGCAGGACAUUGAUGUAGAUUCAGUGGAAUCCGUCAAAUCCCUUAUCAGCGAAGUAGAGUCUAAGACGUCCGACUCCAGCUCAAUGCACAGGGCAUCGCUGCCCGGUUCCGAGCAGCAGGGCGCCAAGACUCGCCUGAUGCGCGCCCUGAUGCGUCGUGACUCCUCGCAGUCGGUGAACUCUGGCGGCCUGGCCACCUUGCAGGUGGCGUCUCCGUCAUCGUCGGCGGGCUCGUCCGCGAGUCCCAAGGUGUCGGCCUCGCGCGAUGUGCGCAACUUCUUCCGCCUCAACAAAUAGAACCACACAACUGACUUAUGCCCCAUGGUGUUGUUAUAGCAACCGACUGAUCUCCCAUGGUAUUGUCAUGGCAACUGACUAAUUCCCCGUGGUGUAGUCAUGUUGCUGCAUGCUAGAGCACGUAUAGACCUGGAGCUAUUCGGGCUCACGCUUGAUUCAUUGGACAUAUUUAUAGUGUGGAGAAGUCUCCUCAGGCAGGGAGAUUCACAUGCCUUUGGAUGCUAUGUACAUGGCUUCAUCAGCAUCAUCAAACUGGCCUCUAAUGCCCUAUAGAUUUAGGAUUUACAGUUGUGCUUUGCAUUUUCUUUUACCCUUGCCCCUUGGCACAAAGACUGUUCUGCAAAACAUCGCCCAUCUGCAAAUGGGUGGCUUUUUGCUCAUGUGAAAGCCGUGGUGGCUAUUGUUCACCACACGUCUCGCACUUGUCCAAUUCCUGUGGCCAUUCAGGAAACCAAUAACAGCCCGGCAGCUUUUUUCUUUCUUGUUUUUUUUUGUUAAAUUCCUCACCGCUGGUAUGGGGUCGACUGGCACUGUCUUUGCGAACCCCUGUUGGCGUUUGCUCUAGUUUCUCAUACUUUAUAUCCUUUCCCCUCGCUCCUGCUGUCGAUCUUUGGCACUGGGGUAGAUAUGAUAAUGUACUUGUAGGCAGACAAUGUUAUUCAAUUUCUCUCGUCUUGUCUCGUCUUGUCUCGUCUCUCUCUCUCUAUCUCUCUCUCUCUCUCUCUCUCUCUCUCUCUCUCUCUCUCUCUCUCUCUCUCUCUCUCUCUCUCUCUCUCUCUCUCUCUCUCUCUCUCUCUCUCUCUCUCUCUCUCUCUCUCUCUCUCUCUCUCUCUCUCUCUCUAUCUCUCCCCCCCCCCCCCACACACACACACAUUUGUGUACACAUAAAACAGAAUACCGAAUAAUUUUAUUGAAUAUUGAGAUGGAAUUUGGAAUUUACUAUUCGAGUAUCCACACGAUCAUGGUGUGCUGAGCACAGCAGCGCCAGCGGGUGUUAUCCCACUGGACGAUAACGUGUCUGCGCCCACCAAUUUGUUCUUUCUAUCAUCAUACACUAUCUCCGUUUCCUGAUUCCGUGCAUUUCUUUCUCCUGCUGUUCCGCCUUGACUUGUCUUGUUCCAUGACUGAAUUUUACUAUUCCCAACCUUGUCUUUUAUGCCCCCCCCCCCCCGUUUCCUUUUGCCCAUCUCCAUCUUUUCCCAGUAUUGAAUUCUAUUGGAUGUAACAUUGUUGAAAAGUACUAGUAGAUCUCAGUGUUGGA